GGAUUAAUUCACUCACGCAGAUCGAAUUGUCCGAUUACCACCCAGGAGGAAGAUUUUUGUAUCCCCAAAUCCUGCUGAUUAAGAGGAACUUGAUUUAGGGAGUGGAUUUAUCACUGGGAAGAAACUUUUCGAGCCAGUUGCGAAGAUUUCCCCCCGCCCAAGAUGUUUCGGGAGAGAAAGUGUCUGUGUCAGAUUCAGCGUCUGUUGUUCAUGGGAUUUCUGAUGCUGUUUGCCACGGUGGUGCUGAAAUAUUCCUCCUGGGAAUGCAACUUCAGUGAUCUUGGGAAGGAGACGGUGCAUCUGAAGAGCGAGGGUUGCAAGGAUCAUCUCUACCAGUCUCUGAAGUUGUCUCCCAGGGGCCAGAUCAACUGCUCUCGGAUCAUCAGAGGGGAUGUGGAAGCAGUAGAGGAAGCUCUUUUGAGCAGGCUAAAGACGAAAACCAAAUCGGAGCCUUUAGCCCCGAAAGAUUACGUGAACUUGACCAAGGACUGCACUCACUUCAAAACGCGCAGGAGGUUUGUUGAGUUCCCACUGAGCAAAGAGGAGGAAGAUUUUCCUAUUGCAUAUUCCAUGGUAGUGCAUGAGAAGAUUGAGAUGUUCGAAAGAUUGUUAAGGUCCAUCUACACGCCCCAGAAUAUAUACUGUGUCCACGUAGAUCUGAAAUCCCCGGACGAAUUCAAGGAGGCAGUCCGAGGGAUCGCCUCGUGCUUCGAAAAUGUCUUUGUGGCCACUAAACUGGAGAGAGUAGUGUACGCGUCCUGGUCCCGGGUCCAAGCGGACCUGAACUGCAUGGAGGAGCUACUCAAGAGCAACGUGCCCUGGCGGUAUCUCUUAAACACUUGCGGCACUGAUUUCCCCAUCAAAACCAACGCCGAGAUUGUCCGAACCUUGAAGUUUCUAAAUGGGAAAAACAAUAUGGAAUCUGAGAAACCCUCGUCGAUCAAGGCGGCUCGCUGGAAGUACCACCACCAGGUGGAGAACUCGGUGAUCCGAACCACCACGGAGAAGAGCCUCCCGCCCCAUGGCUCACCCAUGUUCACGGGCAGUGCCUAUGUUGCGGUCACAAGGGACUUUGUUCAAGCCCUCUUUGAAAACCCGACGGCGCGGCAGCUGCUGGAGUGGUCAAAAGAUACUUACAGCCCAGAUGAACAUAUCUGGGCCACCCUCCACCGGAUGCCAGGCAUGCCAGGGUCGGUGCCUUAUAACGAUAAGUAUGAGGUCUCUGAUGUCAAUGCUGUUGCUAGAUUGGUGAAGUGGUCCUACCUGGAGGGCGAUGUCAGCAAAGGGGCACCCUACCCACCAUGUAGGGGUGCCCACCAACGGGCCGUCUGCGUGUACGGGGCAGGUGAUCUUCACUGGAUGCUCCAAAACCAUCAUCUGCUAGCCAACAAGUUUGACCCAAAGGUAGAUGAAAACGCAAUCCAGUGUCUGGAGGAAUAUCUACGUUACAAGUCGGUGUACGGGAAAGAUCUCUGAGAGCACGUCCGGCCCAGCAAGUGGAAAACACAAAUCGAGAGAGCGACCUGUAAAGCACUUCACAA